AUGGCUCCCAGCCAGUCACCCUCUCCCAAGAGAUACAUGAGCCCUAAGAACUCAUCAGUCACUGCAGUCCACUGUGUCCACUGCUCCACUACACUGGUGUAUUUCUUCAUGGAGGCCACUUGGGUUACCAAUAGUCACCAUGCUUCUGCAGUACAGAUCACAAAAUUUGUCCAGGACAGACAUAGAGAUAGAAGAAAUGGACUUGGUAAAGAUCAACUUAAGAAACUACCUGUACAUAAAUUCAAGAAAGGAGAUGAGUAUGAUGUAUGUGCCAUUUGUUUGGAUAAAUACGAAGAUGAAGAUAAACUCAGAAUCCUUUCCUGUUCCCAUGCUUAUCACUGCAGAUGUGUAGACACCUGGCUAACUAAAACCAAGAAAACCUGUCCGGUCUGCAAGCAAACAGUUGUUCCUUCUCAAGGUGAUUCCGACUCUGACACAGACAGUAGUCAAGAAGAAAAAGAAGUGUCAGAACACACCUUUUUGCUUGGACCUUUAGCCUCUGUCAGUGCCCAGUCAUUUGGGGCUUUGUCAGAGUCCCACUCGCAUCAGAACAUGACAGAAUCUUCAGACUUUGAGGACAAUGACCACGAUGAUACUGACAGCAGUGAGGCAGAGAGUGAAGUGAAUGAACUCAGUAUUGUGGCCCAGUUGCAGCCUAAUGGUGAGUGGGACUGCGACACAGCAAAUACUGUGUGA